UUGGAGUAUAUUGUCGAUUUGUGUAAUCAAGCUUUGUUUUCUUGACAAACGUAUAUGACGUGCAUGAAUUUGAAGAACAUACGACACUAAUUAUUUUAGUAAAAAAAGUUAUAAUUAUCAUAAUAUGCAGUGGUUAAGAAUAUAUUUGUAUUAAAAUUUUGUUACUAAAAGUGUAUAUUAACUCAAGAAUGACUCGGACUAACAGAAAAAGAGGGCGUGAUGCAGAAGAAGAAUCUAGUGAAUUUAUGCCAUUAAGUAAAAGAAUUAAUAACCUUCACAUUAAUGGUUUAUCAGGCAUGCAUGAAAAUAUAACUGAAAAUAUGGAUACAGAUUGCUGUAGCAGAAGCUUUAUGCCAUCACCAAAUUAUUCAGAACUUUCUCAAGGGUCACCGCUGUAUGACGGAUGUAGUUCUAGUCAAAGUAGUUACAUAGCGGAAUAUAAACCUGAUCUGGAUGCUGUUGAAAAUCCAUUUUAUUAUGAAAGUAAUAAGUUAUUAUUCUCUUUAUAUGUGGAACGUAUUCAGAGAACGUCCGAUUCAUUUUGAUA